UAUGAGCUAAUGUGAGGCAGAGUGAGGGUCUGGAGUAGGUCUGACGGAAUACGGGUGGGAUUAUACUCAGGGUAGAGGGGUUUACCGUGUUUGGAGGAUUGAGAUUCCCUCCCUGCGCUCCAGCCUCAUGACUCACUGAGCACUGCAGUCAUGGGGUUGAUAAAAGGACUUCUGUCUUUCUUCAUUUUAUCAUCAUGCUACCUUUCCAGCAGUGCCCAGAAAACUGUUUGCACACAGGAAGCCUUGGCUGACAUCGUGUUCCUGGUGGAUGGCUCAUGGAGUAUCGGCACAGAGAACUUCCAGAGGAUGCGCGAGUUCCUCUUCACCUUGGUGGACAGUUUCGACGUGGGCCUUGAAAAAGUGCGAAUUGGCCUAGUACAGUACAGCACCACGGUCCACACCGAGUUCUUACUUAACGGCUACAACUCUAAACAAGAGAUUCUUGACUACAUCUCAAAUCUGCCAUACAGGGGUGGUGGCACUAAGACAGGUCUGGGCUUAGACUUCCUCCUAAGGUACCACUUUAAAGAAGAGGCAGGGAGCCGCGCUAAAAAAGGGACACCUCAGAUCGCUGUGGUAAUCACAGACGGACAGUCACAGGACAAUGUGGAGCCGUACGCCCAGGAGCUGAAGCAAAAAGGCAUCAUACUCUAUGCUAUUGGGAUUAAAGAUGCUGACAUGGAUCAGCUGAAGGAGAUAGCCUCACAGCCUCAUGACCAACACAUCUACAGUGUGUCCGAUUUCACGGCUCUGCAGGGAAUCUCCCAGAGCUUCAUCACUGUACUCUGCUCCACAGUGGAGGAGGAGGCUAAACGUCAGGUGACCCAAGUGCCAGACUGCAGGGCGAACUUGGCUGACAUUGUGUUCCUGGUGGAUGGUUCUAGUAGCAUUGGUGAUGCAGAUUUCCUGAGAAUGAAGCGCUUCCUCCACGCAUUCAUACAGGGUCUUGAAAUUAGUGCCGACAGUAUCAGGGUCGCAGUGGUGCAGUUCAGUAAUAACCCUCAUGAAGAUAUCCCGCUGGGCGACUACGCAGACAAAAACGAGCUCCUGGAGAAGGUGGACAGACUCGUUUACCACAGAGGCAACACUGAAACUGGAAAAGCCCUCAACUUUAUUAAAGACAGAUACUUCACUCAAGCAGGCAGAAUUCAGGCCCGUGCAAAUGUGCCCCGCAUUGCCGUGGUGAUCACAGACGGAGAUUCGGCUGAUGAUAUGAAGACUCCGGCCCAAGAACUGAGAAGAGAAGGGGUUUUGAUCUUCACCAUUGGGGUUGGGGAAGUCAAUAUGGCGGAGCUGCAGUCCAUUGCCAAUAAACCACAUCAGCGGUUUGUGAUCAGCUUUGUAAACUAUGAGGCACUGGUGAACGCUGCUUCCAACAUGAUGAACACAGUGUGCAUCUCGAUGGAGGACAAGCAACGGGCUCUGGCUCCAAAGUAUUCCGAUGUGUUUGUGUUGGUGGACAGUUCAUCUCAGCAAAUUGCUAAUAUAAGAAAGUUCCUUAUUCAGCUUGCCACUCAACUCGACGUGGGGGCUAAAGUCAACCGGAUGGCUCUGAUUCAGUUUGGCGGCGAAGUAAACGUUGAGUUCCUUUUAAAUGCUUACAAUACCAGAAGGGAGGCAAUUGCUCUUAUUCAGAAGUUCCAGCUCAGAAGCAGCGGGAGGAGCAACCUCGGACAAGCGAUGGACUAUGUGCGCACUCGUCUCCUUAAUUCUGAAUCAGGAAGCCGAAUUGCCCAGGGUUUCAAGCAGUAUCUACUAGUGGUGGGCAAAGGAGAAACUGACACCGCUGUGCUGAGGGCAACACGUGCAUUGAAGGCUGAAGGAGUGAAGAUUGUCGAGGUUGAUACAAGCAAAAGAGUCGAUAUAGUAUUUUCCGGAGCUCUUCCAGGGAGUUCAGGUGUUCCGGUUUUGGAUAAGACUGUGAUAGCUCCUGGAAGAACCUUCUUUAGUGCCACUCAAGAUUUAACGAACAUAGUACAAGAUGUGAAGGACUCCAUCAAUGUUCCGGACGUGAUUAGUGUCAGUGGAGACUGCAAGUCAGCUCAGGUGGCAGAUAUUGUGUUUAUCGUGGACGCGUCGGACGCCAUCUCUGAUUCUAAUUUCAAUCUGGUGCGGGACUUUCUCCACAGCUUGAUUAAAGGCCUGGAUGUCGGCUCCGACAGCAUGAGGAUAGGAAUGGUGCUGUACGGUAACGAGCCCAAGGCUGAAUUCUACCUAAAGACAUUUGAUAACAAGCCUGACAUCUUGCAGUACAUUCAGAUUUUGCCGUACAAGGGCGGCAAGGCCAACACCAGCAAGGCCUUAAAGUUUGCCCGAGAAAAAGUCUUCAGCAAAGAACUGGGCAGCCGACGCGCCCGAGGGGUGCUGCAGAUCGCUUUCGUCAUCACAGAGGGGGAGUCGCCGGACGAUGUCACAUCGGAGGCCUCCAAGCUGAGGCGCUCCGGGGUGAGGGUCUACGCUCUGGGAAUUCAACACAAAAAUGUGACACAACUGAUGCAGAUCGCAUCUUACCCUCCCAGGAAGUAUGUGUACAAUGUGGACAGCUUUGCUAAGCUCAACAUAAUGGAACAAUUUCUCAGGAAGACUCUGUGUAACAACGUCAUGCGUAGAACUGUUGCCAAAAUUAAUCAGUUCAACAUAAAGCAAGGAUGUCUCCAGACAGAAGAAGCCGACAUCUAUUUCCUCAUCGACCACUCUGGAAGCAUUGAACCACCAGACUUUCAGGACAUGAAAAAGUUCAUUCUGGAGGUUUUGCUGCAUUUUAAUAUCGGGCCUAAACAGGUCCGUGUGGGAGUGGUGAAGUUCGAGAGUACACCUACAUUAGAGUUUACAGUGACGCAGUACGGAGACAGAGCUUCCAUUGAGGGAGCUGUGAGUAACAUCGUCCAGAUAGGUGGAGGCACGGAGACAGGCAGGGCCCUGACAUUCAUGAGGCCGUAUUUUAUUGAGGCCAGAAAGACACGCGACACAAGGGUUCGCGAGAUUCUUAUUGUCAUCACUGAUGGAGAGUCCACGGAUGAGGUGAAACAGCCAGCAGCAGCUCUGAAGAGUCAGGGGGUGUCCAUCUACGCCGUUGGUGUGAAACAGGCCAACAAAACCCAGCUGCUAGAGAUGGCAUCAAGCCCAAGCAAGAUGUUCUUUGUUGAAAACUAUGAUUCACUGAAGCCUCUCAAAGAUGAAAUUGUUACGGAUAUUUGCUCAGAAGACGCCUGCAAGCAAAUGAUGGCGGAUAUCAUCUUUUUGGUUGACGGUUCGUGGAGCAUUGGUGCUGAGGGCUUCUCGAAGAUCAAGAAGUUUGUGAAUAAUACAGUCUCCAGGCUUAAAAUAGGGAAAGACAGCGUACAGGUUGGGCUAAUGCAGUUUGGCACCAACCCACGGACUGAGUUUCAACUAAACUCUUAUUAUGACAAAGUGCAGAUGAUGAGGGCUGUCAGUCAAACUGUCCAUGCUGAGACAAAUCCUGAGAUUGGAAAGGCACUUAAUGAGCUGCCAAAGUUCUUUGGUCCAACGAAAGGAGGACGCCAAAAUGCCCCAAAGUUCCUCAUUCUGAUCACAGGCGCUGAGUCUAAGGAUGAUGUUAAUGCUCCAGCCAAAGCCCUUAGAGACAAGGGGGUUACAAUUUACUCCAUAGGCAUUGGCGAAGCUAAAAGCUUACAGCUAAGGAAUAUCAGUGGAUCUCCCAAACAGGUGUACAUGGAGAGGAAUUUGGAUGCCUUGGAUUUGUUGGAUGAAAACCUGUUGCUGAAGAUCUGCAACUCUGCUGAUGACUGUCAGAAAACGCAGGUGGCGGAUGUGGUCUUCUUGGUGGACGGUUCAACAAGCAUUGCCGAGGAGGACUUUGAUAAAAUGAAGAUUUUCAUGAAUUUAGUGGUCAACAACACAGAAGUUGGAGAAAAUUAUGUCCGCUUUUGUACUAUUGUCUACUCUAACACCCCUGAGGUCAAAUUCAACCUGAAAAAGCACUAUACCAAACGAGAGGUUAACAAUGCUAUCAGUGAGCUGAAGGCUCCUACGGGAGAUACCUACACAGCUUCGGCUCUGCAGUAUUCAAUACGCUUCUUUAGUAAGGCCGAAGGUGGGCGAGCUGAAGAUGGUGUCCCGCAGUUGAUGUUUGUCAUCACGGACGGUGAGGCCACAGACCAUUGGGAUUUGCCCACACCUGCUCGUAAACUUCACGGUCUUGGAAUUAAUGUAUUCGGCAUUGGAGUGGGGGAGGCAAAAGAAGAUGAGCUAAUGACGAUUGCCUCCAACCCGAAGAAUGUUUUUAAGGUUGACAACUAUGAAGCUUUGAAAUCCUUGCAUCAAAACAUCUCCAAUGUGCUGUGCAACAAUUCCAAACCAGAAUGUUCGACGGUGGCAGCAGAUUUGGUCAUUUUAAUCGAUGGCUCUGAAAGCAUCGAAGACGCGCCAUGGAACACCAUGAUAAACUUUAUGAUGAGCUUUGCUGACAGCCUUCGUGUCAGAGAAGACCUUUUCAGAAUAGGCGUAGCCCAAUUCAGCACUGGAUAUAAGAAGGAAUUCUACUUGAAUGAACAUAUGGAGCCAGCAGCCAUAAAGAAGGCAAUCAAAGACAUCAAGCAGAUGAAAGAUGGGACUAAUAUUGGAAAUGCUUUGUAUCAAGUUGAUGAGUUCUUUCAAUCUGCGGCGGGCAGCCGUAUAAAUAGUGGCAUUUCCCAGAACCUGCUACUGAUCACUGAUGGAAAAUCGAAUGACAAUGUCUAUAAUGCUACUGAUAGACUGAGAGCCAGGAAUAUUAAUAUGUUUGUCAUUGGAAUAGGGCAAAUCUCCAUGAAACAGAUUGAGUAUAUUGCUGGUUCGCAAGACAGGGUGUUUGUCUUGGACUCCUUUGACGCCUUGAAACUCAAUACAACAAUCCUGGAGGUCAUUAGUCAUAUUUGCCAACAAGGUGAAGAGUCAGAAUGCACUGUAGACAUUGGUGUUGGAUUUGACGUCUCCCGCAUCAGUGCAAGUUCACAAUCGCUCUUCACCGGCCAGAAUAAGCUGCAGACCUACCUGCCUGAGAUUAUCAGAUACAUUUCAACUUUGAACAAUCUGUGCUGUCUCAAAGAGCCCACUCUACAAACCAAAACAGGCUUCCAGGUGGUUGCUAGGGAUGGAACGAUGCUCUAUGAUACUAACUUUGAGACGUAUAAUGAGGAAGUGAUAAAGAAAUUACUGGCUGUACAGAUUGCACAACCUUUGGCCUUCAAUUCCCAGCUUCUACGGUCUUUUCAACUUAAGCAUGCAGCCUCCACGACUGGUGUGAAGAUCGUGAUUAUCUUCUCUGAUGGCCUAGACGAUUCCGCUGAUGUCCUUAUGCGUGCCUCACAGGAUCUCAGGAAUAGUGGUGUGGAUGCGCUGCUGAUAGUAGCGCUGGAUGGAGUCCAGAGCACCGUGGAGCUGCAGAGGCUGGAGUUUGGACGAGGAUUUGGCUACAAGGAGCCUCUCACUAUUGGCAUGCAGAGUGUGGCCAGUGCCAUACACAAGCAGAUUGAUUCUGUGACGUUGAGAGAGUGCUGCAAUGUGAUGUGUAAGUGCGCCGGCCAAGAAGGUAUGCGAGGACCUCGAGGACCUUCAGGGAUAAAGGGGAAUCCUGGACAGAAAGGACACCCGGGAUUUCCUGGAGAGGAGGGAGGAAUUGGAGAGAGAGGGCCUCCAGGUCUGAAUGGAUCUCAAGGACAUCAAGGCUGUGCUGGUAAAAGAGGCCUAAAGGGCAGCAGAGGCUACAGGGGUGACAUGGGAGAAGAUGGAGAGCAUGGUUUGGAUGGAGUUGAUGGAGAACAGGGUCUGACUGGAGCUUCGGGAUCUUCUGGAGAGCGUGGAGAUGCAGGAGGCCCAGGUCAAAGAGGUAUCAGAGGAACUCGAGGUGUGCCGGGAGAAAAGGGGCUCCGGGGGGAUCCGGGUGAAACAGGCCAAAACAACACCGAGCGGGGUCCUAAAGGUGAGCUUGGAAACCCAGGAAUACAGGGUGAGACAGGACAAGAUGGAAACCCAGGAACACCUGGAGAGUCUGGAAAAUCUGGUCAAAAAGGAAGACGAGGCACUGUGGGGCUACCGGGUCCCAGAGGGCCUCCAGGAGCACCGGGACUACAAGGAACCCCUGGGGCUCCAGGGCCAAUGGGGCCCAGUGGUCCAAAUGGUGCUCCAGGACAGAAAGGAACCCCAGGUCUACCAGGACCCCAGGGUCCCCCUGGUUCUCCGGGAGGAAUUGGAUCUAAAGGAAACAUAGGACUGAGAGGACAAAAGGGUCAACUAGGGGAUCCUGGAGAUAAGGGAUCAGCUGGACCACAAGGCCCUAGAGGACUUCCGGGAACUGACGGUCCAGAUGGAUAUGGAUUAUCGGGACCUAAAGGACAGAAGGGAGAUAUUGGUUUCCCAGGUCAUCCUGGGCUUCAGGGUGAAUCAGGGGAUCGUGGGCCAACUGGAAGUAAUGGGCCUAAAGGCAACAGAGGAAGAGGGGGAAAUGCAGGAAGGCCAGGUGACAUAGGUAAUCCUGGUUCUGCUGGGCCACCUGGACACAGGGGCCCAAAAGGACCUAAAGGAAUCAGAGGAAUGUCUACCUGUCAACUGAUUACCUAUGUCCGAGACAACUGUGUUUGCUGUAAAGCUAAUGCCGCUUGUCCUGCAUACCCCACUGAACUGGUCAUUGGGCUGGACAUGUCUGAUGGUGUGACGCCUGUCCUGUUUGAGAGGAUGCGCACCACUCUUGUCACUCUGCUGGAGGGGCUCAACAUUGCAGAGAGCAACUGUCCCACUGGAGCCCGAGUUGCUGUGGUUUCCUACAGCUCCAACACCAAGUACCUGAUCCGCUUCUCUGACCACCGCCGCAAGAAAGACCUGCUGGAGGCGGUGAAGAACAUCGCUUUGGAGCGCACGUCCAACCAGCGAGACAUUGGAGCAGCCAUGCGCUUUGUGGGGAGGAAUGUCUUUAAACGUGUGCGACAGGGUGUACUGAUGAGGAAGGUGGCAGUUUUCCUGACUGUUGGACAGUCCCAGGAUUUGACAUCCAUUACCACAGCUGUACUAGAAUACAAGGCUCAGGACAUCAACCUUGGCGUUAUUGCAUUUAGGAAUGUUCCGAAUGUUCGUCGUGCUUUUGAGGCUGAUGAGACCGGGAGUUUUAUUUUGUUUGUGCUGGAGAGACCACGGGACCAGGCGACAGCACUUGAGAGGAUCCAACAGUGUGUUGUUUGCUAUGAUCCCUGCACCCCAGCUGUAGGAUGUCCCAGAGUCCCUGAAGUACCUGUUGCAAAAGAGGUGGACCUGGACCUAGCCUUGCUGGUGGAUGGUUCCCGGAACAUACAGGAGGCUCAGUAUGAAGGAGUAAAGGGAGUUUUGAACACUCUUCUGGACCAGAUUGUAGUAAGUCGUCAGCCCAGUAAAACCGACAGGCAAGCUAGGGUGGCUCUGUACCAGCAAAGCUCCACCUACAGCGAGGCACAGGCAUCAGUCAGGCAAAUAUUCAACUUCCAGCAGUUCCAGGAUCACAGCCAGAUGAAGCAGAGCAUCUUCCAAAACCUACAGCAGACUGGUGGAUCCUCCAGGCUGGGCCAUGCCGUGGAGUUCGCAAUCAUGAGGGGUCUUCUCACGGCUCCCAAGCCACGCAAGAACAAGAUGUUGCUUGUCUUUGUUGGGGAGGAGACGGAUUUUUACGACAGAGCGAAACUGGACUUUAUCUCCAGAAUGGCGAAAUGCCAAGGCAUAGUAACCUUCAUCCUUACAGUUGGGGAGCACUUCAACAACACCCAGGUGGAAGAGCUUGCCAGCCUCCCCAUGGAGCAGCACAUAAUUCACUUAGGCCACGUGAAGCAACGAGAGCGAGACUAUGCCCAACGCUUUGUGAGGACUUUCUUCCACAUUCUGAACAGGGAAAUGAACACAUACCCUCCUCCAUCGCUUAGAAGACAGUGUGACAUUUUACAGCAGAGUCAGGGCCAGGGACAGGGCCAGGGACAGGGUGGUGUUGAUAUUUACACUGAUGUCUAUGAGACCGCUGAAAGACUUCCCAUUGACAGGAUUCCUCUGUCAACCCCGGCUUACCCCGAAGAGGAGGAAGAGGUGGAGGAGGAAGAGGUGGAGGAGGUCGUAGUAGAGAGAGGGACCAACCAGGUGAAGAUUGUCUAUAGAAAUGGGACCCUAAUGACCCCAGGACGUGGAGACUCAAAUGCCCAGUGUUCGCUGAGUAUGGACAGCGGCACCCCGUGUGGACAAUAUGUGCAAAGGUGGUACUAUGAUAAAGCUGUCGGUGCAUGCUCACCCUUCUGGUACGGAGGUUGCAGCGGUAACAGCAACAGGUUUAAAACGGAAUUCGAAUGCAUCAACACAUGUAUCCUAACCAGUGAUGUGGCGCUAGACAGGACAGAAGUUUCAACAGAAGAUGUGUGUCUGCUGAAGAACGAUCAAGGGCCCUGCAGAGCAUACCUACUCAAGUGGUUCUACGACACACAGCAGAACGAGUGCGCUCGCUUCUGGUACGGAGGCUGUAAGGGGAACGGCAACAGAUUUGACAGUCAGGAGGAGUGUGAAGACCGCUGUGUGACACUGCAGACCGCAUAGAGACUCCAGGACAACUUCCCUUUCAAAUAUACAUUUUUUUUAAAAUAACUCACCAGCUCACUUUCCUCUGUUUGUAUAAAAUGUGAUGAUUCAAGUCGAUGUCUACAAUUAUUUCCUUAAAUGCUUCAUUUUCACUCAGUUCAUUCAGGUCAGCAACAUCUGUUUAUGUUAAAGGUUUUCAAUUUACCCUCUAUGGAGCCUAUCAAGACUCUAUGGAGCCUAUCAAGACUGCCGUGGGUAUGCUUUAUAAAUGGCAGUUCCAUGGCUUAACACUGGACACAUGCUGUGUUGUAGUCAUUACCAGCCUUUGAAAACUGCAGAGAAAUAAACUGACAUGCUAAAUGUCAUGGGAUAGCAGUUAUAGCAUGUAAAUUGAUCAUGACGUGGUGUUAGCUUGGCGGCUUGGGAAUGAAUUAUGUUCCAGCGAGGCCAGAAAGUGGGCGCCAGAUGGAUGGGACAUUCCAUUUCUGAAAUUAUGCGGGCAUUUAACAUUCCUUAGUCAUUUACAGUUUGUUACAUGUACCAGGAAUAUGCCAUAGAAGUAGGGGUGUGCCAUUUUGUAUCAUAUGCAAAAAUAUCGCCAACAUUUUUAUUCCAUGAAAUAUGGUGUCAUAUCACAUCAGUGUACUACUUUUUUUUAGCAAAUAAAUAAAUAAAUAAAAAAAUCACACUCAUUUCCCAUUAUAUAUCUACUAGAGACAGAUCAUAUCUGUCCAGUAUCAUUCCAUUUACUUCAGUCCUGGAUAUAUGGAGAUAUUUGGAGUGCAUUUUUAAUAUCAUGACAUUCUGGAUCAUUGACUUCUGUUACAAAUCUGAUAAAAUUCUUGCAUUUUGUCGCAGUAGUGUGUUCUUGAAAUAUUUUUUUUAAAUUCAUUAUAGUGAAAAUACCAUGAAAUAUCAGGAUAUUAUUUUAGGUCCAUAUCGCCCACCCCUACAUAGAAGGCAUAAACAACUCAGUUCUGGUCCCAUGACUUUUGGCAUGUCAGGAUAUAUCGUUUUUUUUUUUCUUUUAUUGGAAAACAUGUAAUUGGAACAAAGGUCAAGUUAAUGAUCAUGUAUUUUUUAUACUUGAAAUAUAACUGCAGUUAUAGAAGUAUUCCAGCUUCGGUGCCAUCACUUCACAUAUACUUCAUCUGUAUUGCUGAGCGGGUGUACAUUAAAUGCAGGUCACUAUGUGGGUCUAUCCCUAGUGUUCUAUUAAUAACUUCAGCAAAAAAAAGCACAUUUGGAAUUGUCUAUUAAAUUGACAAACGUUUGAAAUGUUCAAUGUUACGACAAAGGUGCUCAAUCAAUUCCAACGUGCUUAAUUUUAGACAUCAUCACCACUAUGCAGCUCUUUGUUAUAAUGUUUUAGUUUUUAUUUGUUCAUUCUGUUAAACAUUUUGUACAAAUAAACCUGUGGACACAAUUCA